AUGGCAAGCUCCAUAAAUUACACACUUUUCAUGGGAUUUCUUCAAACUGCUGCGUUGCAGAAUGACAUGGGCCUAGCUUUAGUGGAGCUCCUAAAAUUCAUAAAAGCGGAACGUUAUUAUGAUACACUCAUUUAUAUGGACCAUGGCGAUCUAUUGGGCACUCAAACAAUGCAAUUAGAUGACAUAUCAAAGAAUUUGGUUUAUCCUAUGAUGCAGCUUAAAGGGAACACUUCAUAUUUUCUGUGGCCUAAUUUCAAUCGAGAGUUUUUGGCUUUAGUUCCCAUUAGUGGAGAAGAGUUCAAGGAUCAAGAACUACUUCAAACAUUAUGGAAAACCCUGAGAAGAAUUCGACGAACCAGAUUGUUGCUAAUUUUCAAAGAGGAUCAAGAUGAUGAUUACCUCAACAGUGUUGUGGAAUUUUGCUGUGACAAUAAGGCCGUCAAUAUUUUGGCCGUUAGAGAAACAUUCAUGGAAACAUCAGCAUUAUAUAUGCCUCAAAUAUACCCUAAGUUUAGAAUGACAACAAAGGUUUUCACAUCAGGUACGUUGUAUCUUGACCCAGUUCGAAACAUGCAUAGGUCUCCCUUACGCUUGGGAAUUAACAAGGAAAGCCAGAAGGCUUUUGUGGCCAGGAAAGUUGGAGAUGAAUAUAUUUUAGGUGGUAAUGUUGGUUUAUUCUUCGGGGCCUUUGUAAAAGCCCGCAAUGCUACCAUAACAUUUCCUCACUACAAUUAUUCGGAUGAAAUGUCCAUGGUUACCUUGGAGAAAUUUGUUGCAAAUGGCACCUAUGAUAUGUCCAUGGAGCCCUACUACAACCUUUAUGUGAGCGAUGUGAUCUACAGCGACAUCUUGGACUUCAUGGAUUGGUGCAUCAUGGUGCCCAUGGAGGAGGCCAUACCGGCAUAUCUUUUCUAUGCAAGAAUAUUUGAUCUUAUUGUAAUUGCCACCAUUUGCGGCACUGGUUUGAUUUUGGCUAUAUUUGUAGCACUUACGUUUUUGCUGGAAGGGGCUUCGGUUUCCCUCUUGGAUGUCUUCUUCAACAUCAAGAUCUUUAAUGGAAUGCUGGGGCAGUCCUUUUCAAUGGAAACUCAUUUCACUGGUGUUCGUAGUAUUCUCUAUGUCCUGACCUGUUUGGGUGGUCUGAUAGUGAAUACCACCUUUGUCACUUACUUGCAAACCUUCAAUGCUCAUCCGCCUACCUUCAAAGCGGUGAGCUCAGUUGCAGAUCUUCGUUCUUCGGGUUUAAAAUUGGCGAUCUAUAAAGAAGAAUAUCUUAUGUUAAAGGCCAAUAUGGACGCAGCUGAGUAUGAACCAGUGGUCAAAGCGAUAUCUUCUUACAAGGAGUAUUUCAAGUUAAGAGAUAGCUAUGACUCCAGAUAUGCGUAUCCAGUACCAUCGGCCCAGUGGACGCAAUACGAGGAGCAGCAGAAAUUUUUCUCCAAGCCCAGAUUUCGUUUGACAGAUAUGUGUUUUGUCAAAAUGGUUGGUUUCAUGAUUCCAAUGCAACCCAAUUCCAUCUUUGAGGAGGCUGUCAAUACUAUGAUAGGUCAAGUGAAUCAAGCUGGCUUAGUUCUACAAUGGAAGACCAUGGCAUUUUUGGAGGCCGUUCAAUCGAAACGUCUUACAUUGAUAGAUGCAAGUAGAGUUGAAGCAUUUGAGCCUUUGACCUUGGAAGAUACCAUCCUAUUGGAUUGCCUAUUUCUGCUCAUGAUUUCUAUUGCAUUUCUAUGUUUCAUUGGAGAGUUGUACUGGCCACGGCGUGGUUUCUUGCUCAAGAGGAUAUGGAGAAGAAUAAAUUAUUAA